CUUCGGCUUGCUAUCAUUUUUUAUUUUUUUUGACUGAGCCCCCCUUUCACCCUUUUAUUUACUAUUCAGUACCGUAAUUAUCAGAACCUUAUUAUUAAUGAAUGAACUAAAGCUGGACAACUUUUUAAAAAUUAAACUUGUGGAUGGAGAUGCUGACCUAGAUGAUAUCCAAGAGUCCAGAAGUUUUAUUGGUCCAUCACAUCGCAGACUUGGAGAUGCUGGAGAAACACAUUGUUGUGCAUUUUCACCGGAUGGAAAAUUACUAGCUUGGUCUAUUGCACAUGGAUUUGUAAAAGUUUGCUGGUUUGCACCCAUCGCAAACAGGAAUGCAUCAGAAGAUAGUUUGUUAUCAAAUAACUCUGAACUGACAAUUGACUGUGCAAAGAAGGUCGUAACAUUAAAGUUUGGUCCUUUGAGAUGUGACGUAAAUGAAAAUGUUAAGUAUCUUUUGGCAACUGGGCUGGACUGUGGAAGAAUUAAAUUAUGGAACCCUUUUACAGGUGAAAUGAUGUAUAAUUUGUCAGAUCAUCAUUUCGAUGUAAAAGCAUUAUCUUUUGCUUUACUCGGAGAACCUCUUCUUAUAUCAUGCUCGCUAGAUAAGACUUUGAAGGUAUGGGAUUUAGCUGACGAUGGCAACAUGACUUUAACAAUAACAGGACAUCCAUUAUCAGUGUUUGAUUGUGCUUUUUCUCCUGUUGAUCCAUCUCUGAUUUGUUCAGUUGGAAAAGGAAGCUGUGUAAUUAUUUGGAAACUACAUAACAAAAGACAUUGUACAAAGAAGAGUCAAUUACGAGGGCAUCAUAAUGAUGUUGUGUCGUGUUCCUGGUCUCCUGACGGAGCUCUUGUAGCUACUGCAUCACAUGAUACGACUGUAAUAGUUUGGGAUCCUCACAUCAGUCAGCAAAUUAUGGUCUUGGGGCAUGUCAACCCUCUACCAGAACCAAUAUUUGCAGGUGGUGCAAACGGUGCUUGGCUCAGUUGCGUCUGUUUCUCACCAGAUGGAAGUCAAAUUGCAACUUUAUGUGAAGAUGAAAAGUUACGUGUAUGGUCUUUGUGGACAAAUGAACCAACGAGAGAAAAAUCUCUGAAUAAACCAGGAUCCGUUUGCAUAUUUUCACCAAAUGGAUCUUCUAUUGCAUUGGGUAAUUCUGCUGGAUCAGUUGUAAUACUGGAUAUUGGGUUGUCAGUGAUGCCUUUACGUCAUUUAAGCAGACUUGCAUUACGUACAGUGUACAAUACCUCGGAAUUACAAAUACUCUCAUUGCCUUCAAUGAUCAAACGUUAUCUUCAAUACACUGCAAGACAAUUUUGAGAAAAUUAGCAGUGAUUAGAAUAUCUGGAAAUUUGCUGGAAAUAAGUAUACAAAGUGAAAUAGUCUGAAGCCUAUAUAAUUUGAUAAAAUAUGCCGUCAUCAUGGCCUUUGUCAGAUUUUUUUAAUAAAAACGUUUGGAUCUGUGAAUUAUUUGAAUGAUACUAAAUAGUCAAACAGUGUUUUACAAUAUCUUUGCACAGUUAUUAAAUGAAAUACGUCAACACCUUACUGCUUCGUCCAUAUGGCCUUUAUAUGCUCUUAGAACUGAUUGGAUGAUUUUGUCAAACGUUUUUUUACGCCUCCUGCUGGUUAUGAAUGAGAGGAUUAUGAAGUCUUCUAUCUCACUCCACAAAAAUGUGAAAUCAGUCGGUACAGGUGCACAUUGCAUAUUGUGUUGCAUUUUUAUUUUUACUCCAUUUUUAAAACAAUUAUUACCGAAAUAUCUCAAUUAUUCUGCUUUUUGUGAUUUAAAGAAUUUGUGGUGUACAUUCUCAUCUUCUUCCUAUAUCAAACCACUUUUUUUGAGAGAAAUACGUUACGUUAACCGCCAAAUUACUGCAUUUAUGAUUCAUGGGUUGUUGCAUUAUGCUAUACUUGCAUCAAUUUCGAUUUUCAAAUUCAUAUCGAGUGUGUAAUGUUUUUAGAAAUUAUCUAUGUUGACUUAUUCCAUAUAAAUUGAUCUGAUAGGAAUAUCAUAUUCACAGUGAGAGAAUGUUGUAUGUAUCAAAGCAUUAUUAGUUGAAUUCCAACAAAUUAUACUCCAUAUGCUUCUUUGCUACAAAUCAUCUUUAUUAACAGUAGUCUGUUUUUACUGCCUGCAACAGAGCUUGGUGAUAGGUAUUCAGAGUGUAUUUGCAUGUCAUUGAAUAUGAUUUUAUGAAAAAAUUUGUAAUUUUUGUGAGUAUAUAUUGUGAUACGAGUGUGUGCUUCACUUAUAUAGAAGUCAGAUCACGCAAUUAGAAUGAUUGUGAAAACUUGUUUGUUCAAAUCACCUAAUCAAUUGAUGAUAAAUUUAAAAUGUGAUUUCAAUUUUCAAUUGCUUGGUCAAGAACGACCAGUAUUUGUCAUAUAUUUUCGAAUAUACUAUUUCAUUAAUAUCGUUACAAAUUGUAUAUUUCUGUUUUCUAAUAUUAUUUUUGCAUUAUAAGGUUUGUCACACUACUUGUUCUAGUCGCUUAUUCAGUUAAGUGGCUGCUAUGUUGCUUUUAAUGAUUUUCUUUAAUGCUGUCAUCCUUAUUCUUAAAUCAGUUUUGAGAUAGAGCCCUGUGAUUCAUUGGUAUGAUUUACACCUUAUGAGGUCACAUGUUGACAUACUGAAUCCUAUUUGCUCAUUGUGCAUUUCAGCCCAAAACUUCUUUAGUGGACAAUAACUACACAUAGGCUAAUAUGUUUGUCUGGGAAUAUUUCACCAAACUUGAACUUUAGGAUUAUUUCUAUAUACCCAUAUCUCGGCGCCAUCUUAGUAGAAGAAUGUAGUCUACCUGCUGUCACGCUCUUCUGAUUUUUGUUUUAUAUAAAGAUUCUGCCUAGGUUCUAUGUUUUUGAUGUCUGUAUGACAACUUUUGUAUCAUUUAUUACUUGCUGCGAAUUUCUUGUCUGUUCCCCCUUGCACCAAUACACAAUCAAUUGAUGGAAUACAUUCUACUGCAUUAUGAUAUUAAUAAAAUAGUAUUAAAUAUA